AUGCAGAAGUCCCUCAUUGCGAUCGCGGCCCUCGCCGCACAAGCCUAUGCUCAGUCAUACACCCCACCAACAGACCAGACCUUUGGCGCGUUGUUGACUCCUGAUCUCACCAAUCCCGUCACCCAAGGCCAAACGACCAAAGUAACCUGGGACGCCUCGGGCCACGAAGACUCAACAGUCUCCCUCGUCCUCUGCCGCGGCGGCGGCGGCAACUGCGUGCCCGACUCGAACGCCAUUGCAACCAAGCUCCCCGCCAGCGACGAGUCAUACGAGUGGGCUGUCCCCUGCUCCCUACCCGCGGGCAAGCAGUCCACCGCAACAGGCUAUGGCAUGCUCAUCAUCGAAGACGGCACCGGUGUGUUUCAAUACAGCACACAGUUCUCUGUGAUUGCGAGCGCUUCGUGCGGUGGUAGCGGGUCGAGCUCGAGCUCGUCGUCUUCUUCCUCGUCCAGCGUUAGCUCGACUGGAAAGCCCGGUCCCACUGGUGGGCCUGUCAAGAACGGCACGGAUAUCGGUAGCGGGUUUGUGACUGGUGACUGGCCUUCCAGCACGGAGACCACUGAGUCUGGGACGACUGUUCUGCCGACGAUCAUUCCCACGGAGACACCUGCUGCUACUGGUGUUGCUGCGACUGGAACGGGAUCAAUCACUUAUUCGACCGUUACGCAGCCUUCGGCUACCCGGCCAACGACGACCGCGACUGGUGUCAGUGGUGCGGAGAGGAAUGCUGUUGGUGUGCUAUUUUUGGGUGCGAUGGGUGCUGCUUUCUUGCUGUGA